UGGUGUUGGUCUAACUGUGGUAGCAAGUUGACAAAGGAACCUGAGGACAACUGGAGAUGAGGGAGAUGAUGUGGAUUUUUGCUGUGAUUAUCUUCUCGGUGUGUGAAACAUGGGGUCUGGACACAGUUGUCAGAAAUGCAUCUUUCAAUCUGGGGAGUGAUGUUAACCUGACAUGCAGCAAUGAACCGAGGAGUGAGGUGAUUUAUGUACUCUGGAAAAUAGACUUGAAACACAAAGAGUGCCAUAUCGCCUACACCAAUGAUGGCCAAAGUACAGACUCCUGCAACGAUGGCAAAUCUCUCCGAAAUACACCCACAGCUCUAUACCUGCAUAUCCCAAACUUCUCAAAUGAUGAUGUUGGGGUCUACCAGUGUGAGACAGUUUAUACAGGAGGAGCUGACGCUCAUAUAAUCAACAUGGAUAUCACAGCUCCUCCCAGUAUAUCAGCCUGGUUAGAGUGGAAGGGCAAUAAGACGGUGGCUGUGUGCAAAGCUGAAAGAGGAAAACCUGCUGCCAGCAUCAGCUGGAGCCAUCUAGAAAAUUCAUCAUCUUUGAAAACCUGGUCUGGCUCAGAUGGAUUCUUUACAGUAGAAAGCCACCUGGAACUCCCUGAGAACAUGGAUCCAAAAACCCUGAGCUGCACAGUCAGACACCCGUACUGGGAAGAGGAGAAAACUUUGGUACCAAAGCUCACAGCAGCUACACGUCCUCAUUUUACUAUGAUGUCCAUCUGUAUAGUUGUGAUAAUCAUUGCAGUUUUGGCUGUAAUCUUAUUCUUUGCAAAAAAGAAACUAAGAUGCUGUGGUGUUGCAGGCAGGUAGACACAUAAUCCAAAUCUCUGCUGACAGAGGAUGUGGAGCCACACGUCAGCUAUGUUCAACGUGUCAACUCUCUAUAACUCAUAAAAAUCCUGCACUUGCAUCGCACACAGACACACACACACACACACACACACUUAAAUGCACAUGGCACUCUGUGAGAAACUGAAGGCUAUGAAAUUGAGAAAUGGUGAAAUAGUAACCAGAGAGAAGAGUGAGAUGAAAGAUUUCAAACAAGAGACGGAGCCUCACAGUUGAAUUCUGUCCUGAUAAACUUGACUGACAUUCAGCAAAAAGGCGACAGACACUCGGUUUAACAUCCACCUUUUGUCACAUAAUUGAUGAUUAUGAUGAUUUGAUCAGCCUCUACGAAGCUGCGUCUUUAUUUCAUCAAACUGGUAGUCAGACACAAACAUCUACAUGUUGCUGCACGAACCAAUGAAUGCUCUUUAUGCCACAUUUACAAGCCAGCAGCACUAGAUGGAUGUAAUGCACAUAAUCAGGUUGUAUAAUGCUUCAAUCUUAUACUCACAGUAACUGUGGGUAUAAAAACAGUUAAGAUAUGAAGUAACCGUGAAUUAAUAUUCAUUAAUUGACUUUUAAGUGUAAACUACUAUAACAUAAAGUCAUAGUGAUUUGAUCAUGUGUUCAUUGUGAGCAACAGGAAUUCAUGAUACAUCCUGUAUUAAUUUAUGCAUGAAAUCAUCAUGAAUCAUUUCCUAAGUAUACUAUUUAUAUCCUUAUCAUAAAGUGUUACAGCCUAGUGCACAGCCAGUGUCUAGACUUCCAUUUGAAUGCUGCAGCUGCAGCGCUAUAACUUAUCUUACCCUCACACCGAUUAUUUAGUUGUACAUAUAGAGCAGAAGAGGAAACUGUUUUGCUUCAGCCUCACAAAUGUAUUUCUGUCCACAGAUCUUAACACACCUGCACAUAUAGAUUCUUAGAUUUCAAUUGCAGCAAAGAACCUUAAAAGUUUGACUUUAAAUUGAAGAGAUUAUUACCAUGACUUCUUUCAAAUAUUUUUAGAAAUGCAACAACAGAAUAAUGAACAAAAGUGGUACUUGUUAAGCUUUUAAUCAGUAAAAAGAUCAAUAAAUCCACCAUGAAACAAAAGCAACCCAUCGUAUUACAACUAUUACUCUACCACUCCAUACGCAUCUAACCAAACAUAUAAAUAAUCUUGUAUUUAGAUACAUACAUACACAAAACAUAGAAAAUAUGAAAUCUUUAGUCUUAAAUAUCUGUCUAGUAUAUUGGCUGGUGUGCAGUAGCUCUCAGGAGCACAAUGAUGCAAAAUGAGCACAAAAUCUAAAAUGCUGACUACAGCAUGUGUUGUGGACACAAAAUGUAUGAAAACUACAUUCUCCAUCAUGAACUGGAUAAUGUGGCAGAAGCACAAACAGUUGAGCCUGUAAACAACGUUAAUUAAGACAAGUCUAGGCAGCUAAAAUUUUUCAUUCUCUAAGUUCAGCUUUUCUGACUUUGGUGACUGAAAGCGACACACUGAAUACAUCAAGAUUGUGAGUCAUUCAGGUCGUGGUGUAACAAGCUGUAGUUUGUCAGAAACUACUCAUCUUGCUGUUUUCAAGCUUAAAUAUCUAUUUAAUAGUAUAAUUGGUUGGUGUGGGAUAGUUCUUAGGAGCAAAACCACUGACUACACCUAUUUUGUUGACAUGUGUCUGCAAAUAAAAAGUUAGGCACAGUUGUGUUCAGGAGAGAAACGGCUCUGGGCUUCAUGUUUCCACAACCAGUUGCUGUUGUUUGUGGACGUUUUUGUGUUUCAUUUUACAAGAUUUUCCUAUUUGAGGAUCAAGCUUUGAUUGGCAGUUCAACUACAAACUUCUUGCACACCUUCACAAAAUAUUAGACACUUUCUGUUGUUUGUGAUAUUAUAAACCAGUCCUGUGUCUUACAUUAAAGCUCAAAUGAACUUUUCCUCGUUUCUGUUUACCUCAUAAAUACAUAAUCGUCUGCAAGUUCAUCAACGAUACAGGUUGUGGUUGAAGUGCUGCUGGUAUAUUAACUGUGGCAUAGUUACAGUUGUCAUCAGUGGUAGCUCCGGUUCUUCUUGAUUCUUUGGUGCUGCUGUGGUCAAUAGAGGUGUAUGUUACGUCCUCGUUAGGCUGUUAUAACAGUGUGAUGGUAAUUCCUCUGUCCUAAACAUAUGUUACACUUCAAUUAUUCUACUUUUUCAUACAGUGCUUUUGCAACUAGAACGUGUGAUAUGGUGUGGUAUGGCAUGUGGUUAGCAGCUAUGACUUUCUGCGGAUGAAACAGCUGCACAGUUUCAUAUAGCUUCAACAGAGGCCUCACUCUUAUGUUCACCCAGUAUGCAAUUCUAUCAUAAAAGCUCUCCAAUGCACUCAUGGUACUGAUAGCAAUGAAUAUUUAUGCUCAUCAAUAAUAAACUUCACAUUGAUGUGAUGUGGGCUUAUUAUUUGUGCUGCUUUUAUCAUCUGCAGAAUCCCCUGAAAGA